GCUGAUCUGACCUGGCAACAAAAUAACGUAGCUAGAGAAAUCUGCCAGGGAGGGGGCUGAAGAACAAAACAAUGACAGUGCUCGGAAGGAUCCAAAUACACUAACAAUUUUUAAAGACUUUUUAAACGGAAUUGCGCGGAUUUCCCUCCCGUUUUAAAGUAAAAGAGUUUGCGGAAAUCCAAGCUUUUAACAUCGACUGGCUGUUGUUUUUGUUGAUAUGUUGUUAGAGCUCAGUUGACAGACAGGAGGCUAGCUGCUUGUUAGGACGGGCUAUGAACUGUAAGGACUCGUUGGCCCGAUAAUCACUGUUUUUCUCUGGAAAAAGUUGAACUGUCCGUCGAAACCAACUAAGCUAGCUGUAAGCUACGCGCUGCUGCUUUGUUGCCAAAUUAUUUACCGAGUUUGCCAACGAGCUAUUGAGGGUCAGUUUGCUAGCUAGCCUGUUGUUAGCAUCAACAUUUGCACAUUCAUCUUUUCAGGGAGAGUUCAUUGUCUCGGUCGGUACAAGCUACUUGCAUAUGUUUCUGUAUUAUAUUAGUUUUCUUCGCUAAUAUGUGAUAUAUUUUAUGUAAUGCAGUUAGCAAGUGCUAACUUUAAUAUACGAACAAGCUAACUGUAAGUGGUAAAAAUAUAUCAGGUGUUACUCAAGGAGACGGCUGUUUCUGCUUUAUUGCCUCACUCUUAGUUGCACUAAAUUACACCAUUAAAACCGUUUUAAGUGUUUAAAAUUCAUGCUAAUUUGAUAGAUUGUAUUAUUGUUGAGACUUAGUUGUUACAGUCAGUGAAUCACCAGCCUUGUUACCAUGCAGCUGUUUUAAGUUGAUUUAGUCAUUGCAUUUGGUCAUUUCAGUUGUCAGUAUUACCACAUGUUGUACAUUUUUCAUUAGCUGCUAUUGGAAAUUGUUGGUGCUGUUCCACAAAGCACUGCUCCGUAUUCAGUUUACCUUGUAAGAAACGAUGAGUGGGCAUGGCUCAUCUUCAGAAAAGGGAGUCAAUACUAGCCUAAUAUGUCAAGAGAGUUAUGCUUGUGGUGGCUCUGAGGAGGCUGCAUUUGAGUGUGAUGAAUGCAAAAGCUUGCAGUGUGUGCAUUGUGAGCUCGAGCUCCACAAUCAGGAGCGUCUGAAGAACCAUGAGCGGGUUCAGAUAGGUCCUGGUCAUGUCCCGUACUGUGACAGCUGUAAAGGAGGUAAUGGAGACAACGCCAAACGCUAUAGAUCUGUGGUCCGCUGCCAGAACUGCAAAGUUAACUUGUGCCAAGACUGUCAGAAACGCACCCACAGUGGAGGCAACAAGAAGAAACACCAGCUCACAUCUUAUCCUCCACCACCCAAACCUGCAGAGGUCAACUCUGUCCAGACAACUGUCCCCCCUGCUGUCCAAAUAGCCGAUGAGAUCAAAUCUCAGAGAGCAAAACUUCUGGAGAAGGUUUCCAGUUUUCUCUUGGUUGAUGAGAAUGAGGAAAUGCAGGUAAAAGAUGAAACUUCAUUUGUACAGAGCCUUAGCUGCGAGCCUGACCAGCUGCUGAAGGUGGUGUCCAUCUUUGGGAACACAGGAGAGGGCAAAUCUCACACCCUGAACCACACAUUCCUCAUGGGCAGAGAAGUGUUCAAGACUUCUCCCACACAAGAGUCCUGUACGGUGGGUGUGUGGGCGGCAUUUGACCCCAUCCGUAAAGUAGUGGUCAUCGAUACAGAGGGGCUGCUUGGAAACAGUUCCAAACAGGGCCAGAGAACCCGUCUCUUGCUCAAAGUUCUCGCCAUCUCCGACCUCAUCAUUUACCGCACCCAUGCUGACCGUCUCCAUGAUGACCUAUUCAAGUUCCUUGGGGACGCCUCGGAUGCGUACUUGAAGCAUUUCACCAAGGAACUGAAGGCUACAACGGCCCGCUGUGGCCUGGAUGUCCCACUGUCCACCUUGGGCCCUGCGGUGGUCAUCUUCCACGAAACAGUCCACACUAAGUUGCUUGGUUCAGAUAAGUCAUCUGAGUCAGUAGAUCGGCUGCUGUCUGAGCGCUUCAAGAAGCUUUCCCGUUUCCCAGAGGCCUUCAGCUCUGUCCAGUACUGGGGCACGCAGACUCUCAGCCCCCCUACUGACUUCCGUGGCCUGCAGAAUAAACUGGAGCAGCUCCUGGAUAACAACGCCACCCGUUCCCCACGUACCCCUAUGGUCAUCUUCAAAGCUCUGCAGGCAUUGAGUGAGCGCUUUAAUGGGGAAAUUGCAGGGGAGCUUGUAGCCCACAGCUGCUUCUUUCCUGAUGAGUACUUCACCUGCUCCAGCCUGUGCCUCAGUUGUGGAUCUGGCUGCAAGAACAGCAUGAACCACUUAGGAGAAGGAAUGUGCCAUGAGGCAAAGCAUCGUUGUCGUUAUUCUACUCAGUAUGAUAAUCGCAUUUACACCUGUAAGGCUUGCUAUGAAGGAGGAAAGGAAGUGAUUGUUGUCCCUAAGACCUCAGCUUCCUCAGACUCUCCAUGGCUGGGCCUCGCCAAAUACGCCUGGUCUGGGUACGUUAUUGAAUGUCCCAACUGUGGAGUGAUCUAUCGGAGCCGUCAAUACUGGUAUGGGAACCAGGACCCUGUGGAUACGGUUGUCCGCACUGAGAUCCAGCAUGUAUGGCCAGGGUCGGGUGGCUUUUUAAAGGAUAAUAGCAAUGCAGCGCAGCGUCUCCUGGAUGGAGUCAACCUAGUGGCCCAGUCUGUGUCAGAGCUCAGUGUCAAGCCUGCAAAGGCCGUCACCUCUUGGCUGACAGAUCAGAUCGCCCCAGCCUACUGGAAACCCAACUCCAUCAUCUUGGUGUGCCAUAAGUGUCACACAGUCUUCCAGGACAAUGACACCAAACAUCACUGCCGUGCCUGUGGGGAAGGCUUCUGCGACGGCUGCUCUUCCAAAGCUGCGCCCGUCCCCGAAAGAGGCUGGGGUCUUGCCCCUGUCAGAGUCUGUGACGUCUGCUUCGAGCAGAGAGCUUCAUACGCAGAGCUGCUUGAGGCAGAGCUCGAGGAGGAAGAAGGUGGAACCCUCGCCAGGAAGGUUGGAGAAGUAGUGACCAACACCAUAGGAGUUGUGGUCACUGCUAUUGACAUCCCACUUGGUCUUGUAAAAGACGCAGCCCGUCCUGCCUACUGGGUGCCUGACCAGGACAUCCUGUCCUGCCACAACUGCCAGCGCGAGUUCACUGCCAAGCUGUCCAAGCACCACUGCCGCGCCUGUGGCCAAGGAGUGUGUGACGACUGCUCCCCAGAGCGUCGGCCAGUUCCAUCGCGGGGCUGGGACCACCCUGUGCGCGUGUGCACCAGCUGCAACCAGAAACCUGGAGAACUUUAACAGGGGAUGGCCUUCCUUCCUCGGAGCACCAGAGAGAACCACUCACUCACUCAGCUCGCAGUCUGUCACUGCUUUACCUCUGUUACUCUGGUUCUGUCUUGUAUCUGUGGAAAGGAAGUUUUUAGGCAUAUAUAUAUACAUAUAUGACAUUUAGCAGAUUUGGGAUUUUAGAGUUCCUGUGGCCUUUGUAGAACAGCCAGAACACAUGAAUUACUUACAUGUGAAACCUGCAUUUCCACUCUGAUUAUUCACAGUGAAUAUUUUGAUUCUUAUUGACACAAAUCCCUGAAUUUACGUUAAAUAAGGCUGUUGAGCUAUUUUUCUACUAUCAGAAAAUAUAAAAAAAAAAGUAUAAUUUAAAGGAUAUUAGUUAGCUGAGAACCCUGUGGGGUUGGUGUGAUUAGUUUCCAGCAAUUCUUAUUAUUGAGCAUUGUUUCUCUGAUGUCGUACAUGUAAUGGCGAGGAGAUAUUUUAUAUCCGUUCAGUCAUAACUGCAGGUUCCAUUGCAUGCUGUAUUGCAACAUUUUAGUUUUUGCACUAAGCCUUUUUCAGCUGUUAUAGGCUGUUGCUUACCAUGGCCAAAAUCCAGAUAUCCAGAUGAUCAAGUGGUCUGUCCCAAACUGAGCUGAAGUCUGCUACAGUAGGUCUAGAUUAUGGAUAUCUGGUGUGCCCAAAAUCAUUCAGGUCACUGUGUCUGUGCUGGUAUAAUGUUUAUAUUUUAUCAUGUAAUUUGUGGUUGUAUGAAGACAUAGAAUUAUGUUUAGAGGAGUGUACAUUUGAAAUGUUGAAAAAUAUUUAUGUAUUGAAGAUAAAAAAAAAUACUUAUUAGCACUCUGGCAUGCAUGACAGUCUGAGAAAUCCAUGGCCUUUUACUUGUUCAGAGAAUGGUCUCUGAAUAAACCUCACUAUCUAUUUUACCAAGCGGCAUUUUAGCGUACACGCGUUAUAAAAUUUAUGUAUUACGUGUUCAAGUUUGUUUUCUUGACACCUUGAUUUUUAAUUGUUUUCUAAAUAUUUAAAGUUGCUACCUGCUUGGUUGUAUGGAUAUUGUUUUGCAGAACUGAAGAAUAUCUGAAUUUGUCUUCAAACCAGUUUUGUAAAUUACAAUCACACCUCCAGGUCUGAGAGGAUAAGGACUCCUGCCAAAGGUCAACACAUUUUUGUUCUGUUUUAGCUCUUCACAGCUUCUUGUUCCGUUAAUUUACAUCCGUUAUUGAAAGUAUUGUGUAUUUUCUUUUUCUGGUUUUUGUUUGACAUUAGUUACUGUAUGGAUAUUUAUAUACUUUUUAGUGCCUGUAUGUGAACCACCCUUUCUCCCCAUAUUGUUUUUGUCUUUAUUUUUUAUUUUUUGUCUUUCAGCAUUACACAUAAAAAUUGAUGCUCAAAUGUGGCAAUGAUGAUUGAACCAUAUUUAGUGACUGAGAGCUUUAACUUGUCUUGCAUUACUAGUUUUCAAUUAUUGAGUAGUGAGACCAUUACAUCUGGAUGUCAUAUAAAGCACAAGGUGAUGCCUUUAACACAUAUGUUUGUAUUUUGUUGUUAAAAAUGAGAGAGAAAAAAAGGGUCUUUGUCAUUUGUAACCUUGUAGAUAAAGUUAACUCUCCCUUUGCUCCUAACGUGGAACUUUCAGUUCUGAUGUCUGAUGAGAAGAUGCUGUUUCUGCUUUGUCUCAAAAUAGAUUAAUCUGUCUGAAUGUUGCAUCACACACACACACCCUCCUCUGAGAUGCUAAUAUUGCACAGUAUAGAAUAAGAAACACAUCAUGGCAGAUUACUUGUACUAGAGUUCAUUCCCAUGCAAAUCUGUCCAGUCUGUUGCUUCAGAUAUCCUAUGUGGUGUUUGAGAGAUGCAUUUUGUGAUGUCCAGUUUUUUCGAUUAGGUUGAGUACUAUCGUCAACACUUCUCACCUACACACUACAAACCAAGCAGGAAUGAUUGAUACAUUUAAAACUGUUGGAAACUAACUUGAAGUGAUGAUAUGUGGAUACUUGCUAAACUGGUCGAAGAUUUGCAUAAGAUUAAAGUUGCAUCAGCUCCUGUCUGUCAAAAACAUAA